CAAGCAGGCAGUGUUUCCGCCCAUCAGAGGAAGGAAGAAAAUUUGACGUCAGCCCUCAAAAGCAAAAACUAAAGGGAAACUAGAGUCACAUCAUCUUUUGGAUUCCGGACGGCAUAACAGAAAGCACAUACCUGAGUAGACAAACUUUGGCAAUGGCAUACAACAAAUUCUUUAUCGUUACCCUACUUUUUCUUUGUGACCUGGUUGCGGCGCUCACAGACAGCACUGUGUCUUGCUACAGAAUUGAGCCGGGGACCAUAGCAGGCAUCAUCUGUGCAGAUGUGUUGCUGACUCUCAUCAUUGUCAUUGUCACCUACCGAUGUGCCAGCUUUCGGCGUCAGAAGAUAGAAAAUGCUGACAAAGUGUAUAUGAAUGUCCGGGCCAACUGCAAGAGCUAAUCUAAAGAUGGCACACUGUGCUGUUUCAUCACUAACCGGGGGUAGUCUGUCUAUGCAGUGGAAACACCCUUGAAUAGAUGACCCUGAGUGAUUCUCCAAGAGGUCAGCGAUGGGGUUGGAUUGGAAGGUUUAUGGCUAAACUGUCUCUUUCAACUGUCACAGAAUUUGAGAAGUUGUUGCAGUAAUAAUAAUAAUAAUAAUUUUAUUUAUAUAGCACCUUUCAAAACAAAGUUGCAAAGUGCUUUAUAGUAAAGACAAAUAAAAGUAUAAAAAACAAGAUUAAAUCAUUUAAAUAAUUACAACAAAUACCAUCAGUUAAGAAAAAUCCAUAAGAUGAAAGUGAGUUUUAAGAAGAGAUUUAAAAGAGGAUCCUGAGAUCUCCAGAUCUCCAGGCUUUCAUUGUUUUAUCCCUUUUUCUUUGACUGUUUUGUGGAUGACACCGACACCUACUGUUUAUCUCCCUGAAAUCCAGCAACUCCAUCCAGCAUCCAUUGCAACUCACAUGUUUGGUUUUCUAACUGAUACCAAACAAAUUUUCUUCAAAUCUCACCUGGGGGGCAUCCUGGUGGCCUAUGGGUUUAAGACUUUGUCCGUAUAAUUGUAAGGUCCCUGAUUCAAGUCCAGCUAAUUCUUUUUAAUUCUAAUUCAGUGGAUCAAUAAUAGAUAUUAUUAAGAAUGACUUUUGGGUUGCCAGGUUAUGAAAAAUCUGGCUGGUGUGUCAUUAAUAAAAGGUCUGGAGUUUCUCACCUAGUAAUUAAGUCAUUAACAAAGGUUUUUACGACAACCCAUCAUGUUUUUAACUAUAUCAAUGUUAAUAAGUAGAUUUUUGUCCAGCUGUUCUACAGCUCUUUCCAGAAGGACAGAAGUCAAACGACCCAAAAGUUGUUCUUAUUCAUGGUUUAUAACUGAUCUAUUAAGUAUUUGUAAAUUAUGAAUUAACCAUUUUCCAAAUGUUUUUAAUUAGUUUUAUACUUAGAUAUGCUGCACUUUGAUAUAUUAAUAAACAUUUUUAUCAUUGUU